GUCGCGGAAUGAAUGCCGCUUUUGCCAUAGGAAGACUGUGUGAUAUAGAGGCGGGGAGGAAGAGAUUGUUACAGCUGACGGAGUCGGAGAGAAUGCUCUCAGCGUUAGCAAAAAUGUUGAGUUGUGAUGACACAGGAUCCAGUAAAAAUGCCUGUUUUGCCCUGAGUUGCCUAGCGACCAAUGUAGAAGGUCACACACGCCUACUCAAUAAUCUUCACUCUGAUGACAUUCUGCGAACACUAGCCAACCUUCUCACUGCUGAGGACACAGAAACAGGCUGGUUUGCUGCCAUGACCCUGAGAACCCUGGCCAGUCAGCCCCGUGGAUGUCUGAGACUGAGGGACCAUAGUCAAGUCAUCCCUGCCCUCAAGUCUGUGGUGAGUCGUGACAAUGCCAACACAGAUCUGAAGGAAGAAUCAAGCAUCACAUUAGAAAUCCUCAAGAAAUUAUCCAAACCAAACCCACCUCAACUACAAA